AUGGAUUUUGGUAGGUCUAGAGAUAUAAUCAGCGGUUUACCAGAUUCUCUUCUUUGCCACAUCUUGUCUUUCCUUAACACCAAAGAAGCUGCUUCUACAUCGGUUCUAGCAAAAAAAUGGCGGUAUCUCUUUGCUUCUGUUCCUAAUCUUGAUUUCGAUGACUCUGUUCAUCUACGUCUUGGAAAAAGGAAUCCUGCAGUUAGUGGUGAGGAUUAUUUGAAAAUGAUUAAUGAAAGAAGUGAUCAGCUUUCGACAAGUUUUAUGGAUUUUGUAGAUCAAGUGUUGAGAUUGCAAGACAAUUCUCCUCUACACAAGUUCUCUCUAAAGAUCAGAGAUUGUGUUGAUAUAGUCCGUAUCAUUUGUUGGAUACUCAAGGUUUUGGAACGCGGUGUAUCUGAUCUUGAACUAGACAUGCAUUUGAAAUGGAAAUCUUCACUUCCUUCAAAGAUCUUUUUGAGUGAGACACUCGUUAGGCUGAAGCUAAGUGUGGAACGUGGCCCGUUCAUUGAUGUUGAAGAUGUUCAUCUUCCUAAGCUUAAGACUCUCCAUAUUGUGUCAGUCAAAUUUGAAAAGCAUGGUAUUGGGCUUAACAAGCUUCUUUCUGGUUGUCACAUACUUGAGGAGUUAAAUCUUGAAUAUAUAUCUUGGUGCCUAUGGGAUUUUGUCUCUGUGUCUCUCACAACUCUCAAGAGGCUAACUUUUUGUGGGGAAGUAAUGCAAGAUGAGAAUCCAAUAAGUGUGUCUUUUAAUACUCCGAACCUUGUCUACUUGAUGUUUACUGAUGCUAUUGCGGACGAGUAUUCAACAGUGAACUUCGAUUCGCUUGUUGAAGCUCAUAUCAAUCUUCAGAUGUCAGAAGAUCAGGUUGAGCAGACACGUUUUUCAGAUUCUGAAGGUAAUAUGGAAGGCUGUAUGGUAGCUAAUGCAACAGAAUUAAUAAUGGGAAUAUGCAAUGUGAAGAUCCUUUAUCUAUCAGUUUAUACUCUUGAGGUACUUACUUACUGUUGUGAAGCAAUACCGCUAUUCAACAACCUGACUCAUUUAACUAUCGAGAGUAACUCGGAAGUAGGAUGGGAAUCCGUGUCGGGCCUUCUCAAGAAUUCUCCAAAUCUGGAAACUCUUGUCUUUAAAGGACUUGUCCACCGUUUCACGGAUAAAUGUGGAGAUAUGUGUUUAUGCAAACCUUGGGAGGAGGAUGAAGAAGAGGAGGAAGACGAGGAGACUCCUACUUGCUUAUCAUCAUGUCCAGUGAAAGUGCUGAAGAUAUUGGAAUUUGGUAAAAUCUAUGAUGACGAGAUAGAGAAGAGGAUAGACCAAGUCAAGCAUUUUCUAGAGAAGAUACCGGAUAUUGAGCAACUGAUAUUACACUAUAAUACACCAGUUGAUGAAGAUGUGAUUAAAGUUUACCAGCAACUUCGGAGGCAUCCUAAAGUAGCUUCAUCCAAGUGCAAACUGCAACUUAUCUCUGAUAACCUCAGCUUAUCAUCUAAAGACUGCGCUCUCUUCGGUAUCGACUAA